AGAAAAGAAGGCGCGCGCAGUGGGCGGCGCUGAGGGGAAAAUCACAAUGUCUGCCCCGAAAACGAUCCCGAAAGACGCUCAGGUGAUGAUCCAGAUCCUGAAGGACAUGGGAAUCACAGAGUACGAACCACGAGUCAUCAACCAGAUGCUGGAGUUCACAUACAGAUACGUGACGACGAUCAUCGAAGACGCCAAGAUCUACUCCACGCACGCCAAGAAGUCCAGUGUGGACGCCGACGACAUCAAACUGGCUAUCCAGUGCCGCAUGGAUCAGUCGUUCACGUCGCCACCGCCGCGAGACUUCUUGUUGGAGGUCGCCCGGCAGAAGAACCAGAGUCCUCUGCCGCUCAUCAAACCCUACACUGGACCACGUCUUCCUCCAGACCGCUACUGUCUGACGGCGCCAAACUACAGACUCAAGUCUGUCCAGAAGAAGUUGGCUUCGUCUGCCAGCAGGAUAUCUGUGCCUCGUCUCAGUGUCGGCACCGUCUCCAGCAGACCGAGCACACCGACACUCGGAACGCCGUCGGUUCAGUCCGUCACUGCUAAAGUCGGAGCUCCGGUGUCGUUGACGGGUCAGAGGUUCACCGUACAGAUCCCGCCCCCUUCUCAGACGACCACCGCUAAAACCACGACGUCGUCCACGCCGGCCUCCAACGUCCUCAUCAACCAAUCACUGAUCGGCUCCAAAAACAUCCUCAUCACCACCAACAUGGUGUCGCAGAACAGCGGCGGUAGUGAGUCGCUGAAGAGAAAACACGAGGACGAGGACGACUACGACGCUUUAUGAUGGAGACGACAACGCUUUUUAAAAAAAUACAUAAAUCAAUAAAUCAGAGGAGGAAGAGACUGAAACCUGCGUUCACAUGCAGUCAAACCUGUUCACGUGUGAUUUACAAUAAAAAAAAACUGCUCAAAAUGAAAAA